AUGACGGGGCCUCAAAUGAAAACUAAUACCAGCAUAGCUCAGACUUUCGAUCCGCUAGACUACGUGACUGCAGAAGAGUUGCUCGCUAUCGACGCGCAAUUUGCUCUGGCACUGAAGGGAGUGGAUGUCGUUCUGUUCUGGACUGGUGUAGAAUGGGCCUACGUUCAGAAAUGGGCCGGGAUAUGGAACCUGAAGACGUUAACAAUUGCCAUGGGCCCGCUCAUGGAUGCGGCAAAUCCCAACAGCCCCAAAGCGAGAAAGGGUAGAAAGGCAUAUUCCAGGUAUGUGAAGGGUGCGUCCGGUCGAUUCGCACAGUACGCGUGCCAGCAUUGCCGAGUCGUUGUCCUGACCAACCCUCCGCCCGACAUUUACAGUAGCAGAGACAACAACACUUACCAACAUCUUGAAGAGCCGAUUCUCAAAGGCACUUGCGGUGGGUUUCCCGUUCGCAGAAUAGACUAUCUACAUCCAACGGUCGACGGUGCAGCGCAUAUCACCUACCAAGCUUGGCCAGACGACAAGACCCGAGAUUGGGCUGCAGAAUUUGGGAAAAGGUCGAUCAACAAAUGGAAGAGGCUCAACUGGAGCUACAAAAGUCUCGUAACUACAUCUGAGCUCGGGUCGAAGCCUCUCAGACAAACACAGGUAUCGCCCAUCGUUUCAGCCUCGCACGCCCAGCCAGCACAGCCCUCCGAUGAUCGGCAAGACCGUCAGACUGUCAAAAACUUCCCUGGCCCCAAUAGUCAUGCCGGAGCGGCAGAAGAUGAGGAACUAACGCGACUUCAACAAGACAUUGACCCCAUCGAGGACGAUUGUCCUCAUGAGGGGCCUGAGAAUCGAGGUUGCGAGACUCAAGAACCACUCCCCGAAUCAAGUCGUGGACGGCUAGCAACGAGCCACAGCGACCUCAUCGACACGCAAGUCCACAGCCAAGAGCAACAAGGGAUUGGGGAUCAUGGAGGGCUGUUCGAGGAUGUCACUUGCGCGCCGGAACCGGCCUACACGAUCAAAAGAUGUGGAGUGCCGGAACCACCAGUUAUAGCUCCGGUAAUUAACAUCGACGAUAUCGUGAUUGGAGCCGAAGUCACGGUCGAUAUCAAGGAGAACAGAGUGGACAGAGACAUUCUAUACAUGACGAUGAAAGGUGUCUCUGGCCUCCAGAAUUGGUGGAAGUUGAGGUGGGUCGACCCACUGGAAGGAAAUAAUGCUGCUGGAUGA